CCCUCACGCCUGUUCUCUCUCUCUCUCUCUCCCUCACGCCUUUUCAUCUUCGUCAAGCCACAUUGCCACUGCCGUACGACGACUCCCUCACAUAAUCAACCCAAAAGCUCCACUCCAGUACAUUCAACAGGGUGAGCAAUGGAAGAACAUUUUGAUUUAGAUGAUUUCGAAGUAGAAGAUUUUCAGGCUCCAAAUAACGAUGUGGAAGUUUUAGAAUCGCCAUCAAGUGAGAUGUCUUUUGUGACAAUUGAUGAAGCACGAAAGUAUUAUGAAGAUUAUGGUCGACAAAAUGGUUUUUGGAUUCGUACUCGAACUUCAUCCAAAGGACAAAAUCGGUCAAAUGAAGUGACUAGUAUGCUAUUUGUUUGCGCAAAAGAAGGAAAAUAUUGUGCCAGGCCAAAGAACGAUGGUGUCGUGGAGGGGGAUGAUAAGAGAGAGGAAGAUGAGGAAGUGAAAACGAAGAAAAGAUUUAGAAAUCGUUCAACUGUUAGAUGUGAUUGCAAGGCUCAUUUGCGGAUUAGAUAUGACAAAUGGAGUAGUAAGUGGAAAGUAACAGUUUUCAAUGACACUCACAAUCACCAGUUAGUGACUCCAUCUAAGAGGAUGAAAAUGAGGUCAAAUCGAUACAUGCCCAAACCAAUUAAGGAUUUGACCGAAGUAUUUCAAAAAGAAAAUUUGGAAGUUUCUAAAGUUGCUUCAAUUUUCGGUGGCGAAUACAUGGGCUUUGAUAAUAGAGACUGCUACAAUCACUUGAGAAAUGUGAGGCAUAGAGAGCUAGAUGGCGGGGAUGCACAAUCAGUCCUCACCUACUUCAAGAACAAACAAACACAGAAUCCACAAUUUUUCUAUGCAAUUCAAUGUGAUGAAAGUGGGAGAGCAGUGAAUUUUUUUUGGGUGGACUCUCGAUCUCGCAUGGCGUACCAAUAUUUUGGGGAUGUAGUCACAUUUGACACAACAUAUCGAACCAACAAAUAUGAUAUGCCUUUCGCACCAUUUACUGGAGUAAACCACCACAUGCAGUCAAUACAUUUUGGAUGUGCACUUUUACAGGACGAGACUGAGGUAACAUUUAUAUGGUUGUUUUAG